GACGCUCUCUCAAACCAAACGUUCAAAAAUUUACUGCGUCCAAAAGAUCGAUUUUAUAAGGAAAUACAGCGGCAAAAUAUGCAAGUCGGAAAAUUGCAUACUUAUUACAUCACAAUAAGUCGUUUGUUUCUUGGACAAGGAUCAACAUGGUUACGGUCUAAUCAGGGAACCAGCUACAGGAUGUUGAAACUACUGGCUCUUUUUGCUUUUGCCACUGAAAUCGCAGCAAGGCCAGGCGAGAUGAGAGACAUACCUGGAGUAAGCGCGGCCAAUAUGGAAAGACUGCGUCAAAUGAUGAACCCUCGUCCGAAUGGGCGCGAAGAGUUUAAACAGAGGAUGCAAGAAUGGGAAAACAGUUUACCAGCAGCUGAGAGGACAGCAGUGCAAAAUCACAGAAAACAAAUGUUUGAAAGACGUCAUGCUGAACUCCUUCAAAGAGGCAUCCCAGGUGUGAGUGAUUCCAGUAUGGAUAGGCUGCGUCAGAUGAUGAAUCCUCUACCGGAAGGAAGAGAAUCGUUUCAGCAGAAGAUGGAUGAAUGGAUAAAUAGUCUGCCACCAGCGGAUAAGGCACCAGCAGAAACGCAUAGGGAACAGAUGCGUCAAAGACAUAGAGGUCCUCCACCUCCUCCUCCUCUCUAAAAUCCAUAUCCGGGCAGUGGAUCAGGUGCUUGUGAUAAAGCAUUUCUGCACUUGUCGCAUUAUUGCUUAUGAGAUAAAAAUGAAAC